CUCUCCCCUCCUCCCUGACGCCAGGUUAAAAACCUCAGCACACGCGUUGCUUGCGAACCUGCCUGCGGCUGCCCUAGAAUUAGAGACCCCACUCGCCGCGCCAGCAUGUCUGCCGAGGUCCUGGAGACCGGAGGCUUGGGCAGGAAAUUCUCCGACGAUGGACAGGAAACCAGCUAUAUCGAAGACAACUCCAAUCAAAACGGUGUCAUAUCACUGAUCUUCUCACUUAAAGAGGAAAUUGGUGCUCUGGCCAAAGUCUUGCGCUUAUUUGAGGAGAAUGACAUAAACCUGACCCACAUCGAAUCCAGACCUUCACUUUCAAAGAAAGAUGAGUAUGAGUUUUUCACCUAUCUGGAUAAGCAGAGCACACCUGUUUUGGCAGACAUCAUCAGGAUCCUGAGGCAGGACAUCGGCGCCACGGUCCAUGAGCUGUCCCGGGAUAAGAAAAAAGACACAGUACCCUGGUUCCCGAGAACCAUUCAAGAGCUUGACAGAUUUGCCAAUCAGAUUCUCAGCUAUGGAGCAGAACUGGAUGCUGACCACCCCGGUUUCAAAGAUCCCACGUACCGAGCAAGACGGAAGCAGUUUGCUGACAUUGCCUACAGCUACCAACAUGGGCAGCCCAUCCCACGAGUGGAGUACACGGAGGAGGAAAAGAAAACCUGGGGGAUGGUGUUCAGGACCCUGAAGUCCUUGUAUAAAACCCACGCUUGCUACGAGCACAAUCACAUUUUCCCACUUCUGGAAAAGUACUGCGGCUUCCGUGAAGAUAAUAUUCCCCAGCUGGAAGAGGUUUCUCAGUUUCUGCAGACGUGCACUGGUUUCCGCCUCCGACCUGUGGCUGGCCUGCUCUCCUCUCGGGAUUUCUUAGGUGGCCUGGCCUUUCGCGUCUUCCACUGCACUCAGUACAUCAGACACGGGUCCAAGCCCAUGUACACACCUGAACCUGACAUCUGCCAUGAGCUGCUGGGACAUGUGCCCUUAUUUUCAGAUCGAAGCUUUGCCCAGUUUUCCCAGGAAAUUGGCCUCGCCUCCCUGGGUGCACCUGAUGAGUACAUUGAGAAGCUCGCCACUAUUUACUGGUUCACUGUGGAGUUUGGGCUCUGCAAACAAGGAGACUCCAUAAAGGCAUACGGUGCCGGGCUCCUGUCGUCCUUUGGUGAAUUACAGUACUGCUUGUCAGGGAAGCCGAAGCUCCUCCCCCUGGAGCUGGAGAAGACAGCCGUCCAGGAAUACACCAUCACAGAGUUCCAGCCCCUGUAUUAUGUGGCUGAGAGUUUUAAUGAUGCCAAGGAGAAAGUGAGGAGGUUUGCUGCUACAAUCCCACGACCCUUUUCAGUUCGGUAUGACCCAUACACACAAAGGAUUGAGGUCUUGGACAAUACCCAGCAGCUUAAAAUUUUGGCUGACUCCAUCAACAGUGAAAUUGGAAUCCUCUGCAGUGCCCUGCAGAAAAUAAAGUGAAGCCAUGGACAGAACCUGGUCUGUCAACUGAGAAUUUAUUGAUGGAAAUACAAUUACAUCUUCCAUUUCAUCUCAAAAAUUCUGAAGAGCAAGCCUUAAUUUUAAAUCAUAGCCUUUAAUCCUUUAUUGGAACAAGGUAGAAGAUUAGCAAAUAAAUCAAAAUAAUCUGAAGUUACAACAUAUUAAUAAUACAUUCCCCAAAGCAUAAUCUUUUGGGGUCAUCUUUGAUUUAGAGAUGAAAAUCCCAUACUCUCAAGUUAAAAUCAUUAAUCUGUCGUGUUUCAUCAAGGUUAAUUAAAAUUGAGACCUCCUUCAUUCAAGCUUUAUAUAUGCUUUUGUUAUUCCCCAGACAGAAUUUCCUGAAGGAGUAUAUAUUAAUGAAUGUAAAACACAAGUCUGAAUUGACAUUUUUGAUUUAAUAUAAAUCCUAACCUACAGUGGUCAUUUUCUAUUUCAAAGAACUAUGAUUCUAAUUACUGCUUUGUCAUUUUGUCUAUGUAGAUUUCCUUUAAUUCAGGAGCCCAUUAAAAAGUAGUUAUAAAUGUUAAAGUUCAUAGUAUAACACUGAAACAUUUCUGUAUGUCUUACUGUAAUCAUAAAUACUGCUGUGGAAGAUAAUACACUUGACUCCCACAACUUCUAGUAUCAUAUGCCAAUUAAUUGUCAAGUCUGUUUUGGGAGAUAUAUAUUGAAGACACUUAUGAUGUUAAAGAUGUUAACUAAAGGCCUGGCUGGUAGAGAUUCAGGAAAUAUCCAUUGAAUGAAUAAGAGAAUAUAUUAUUAAAUAGCAAAUCCUCAACAAAAAUGAAAGUUUUAAUUAUGUUGAAAGAAGUUGAGUGGUUACAAUAUUUUGUAGUUUCAAAUGUUUCUUGGAAUGAAAUAUUCCUCUCAUUGCCUUAGAAAUACAUUAUCUGGAUAGUCUUUUCUCACAUAAAGGUAUGGUUAGAAUCUCAGAUUCACAACCAAUUUUAGGAGCACGUUGUGAUAAUCUUACCAUGACUGGAUAGUCAACAAACUUUGAUUUUUGUUGGUUAUGCAUUUUAAGCAAAUACAUGAAAAUAUGACAUAGUGGAGAGCAGUAGCAAUGUCUUUAAAACUAUGCUUUGAAAUUCUCAAACCACUUCAACAUUUUAUGUUGGAAAUAGUAAAAUUGAAAGGAUUUUCAUAAUAUUUCUUCAAGUCUGAAUCUCAGACCAGCUCUAUCAAGUCACUCAGAAACUGAAUAAAUCCUGGGCACCAUCCCAGCACUACCCAACAAGAAUCUCUGGGCGUAGGGCACAGACACCUGCAUUUCUAAGUACCCUAGGUGACUUUUAUGCCUAGCCAAAUCUACUGGGUAUAUUAAGUGUGAGAACACCUGAGUUUUGGUGGCUCUUCUACCAUUUGCCUAUUAUGUCACCUUGCAUAAGGCCCUUUGGACCUCAGUUUUACUUUUACCCUGAGGGAGUUAAACUGGACGAAUCAUGAUUCCUUCCAGCCUUGAAAUACAAAUGCUAACAUGUGUUUUUAAACUGGUGUCCCUGAUCCACUAACUAAGGUGUAAUAAUACCUGCCUAAGUAUGCCAGCUGGGUGGAAGGAGCAAUUUGGUCUGAAUGUGUCUGAGAGUUCAUUGCUUUGAAGUUGUGAUUUUUAUGUUUGCAUCUAUUUCCUCAUGUGUCUGUAGAGCCCAUUGACAAGCACUGAUUCUAAAAGUGGGAAUGUUCUUUUCUCUGGUGUUCCUCUAGAUCCCAAACACUCUGCAAAGAGACUAUUUUGAUAAAUGUUUCUUUACUGAACAGUAUGUGUAAAUUAGAGAAUUUCUUGGCUUUAGAAUUGAAAUAUGCAUAGUAUUUUAGACUGAAUAUUUUGUUUUUGUAAUUUUUAGUCCCCCAAAUUUAGUGUGUUUGAAGUCAAAGCUUAGGAUUGGGUUAUAAUUUCGACAGAAGAAUGGAUGAACCUACUGAAUGGAAGAAAACCUGAAAUUUUAAUAAUGUGCUACUCAGUCCUUAUCUCUUUUUAUCUGGAUACAAAAGCCCAGCCUACAGCAAUGGGAUUCAAUACAUUUCCAUGUAGUAGUAGUAUUAACUGUUUAAUAUCUGGUAAAUUAGCAGAUGUUUAGGAACAAUACUAAUCUUGUGUCCAAAAAAGAGAAGUACAAUGAAAAAUAUUGCAAAUGUAUAGUAGCAUGUUCAGUAAGUUUCUCAAAAGAGGAAUCUAAGCUUAAUUCUAGGUUUCUAAGUUAUAUAUUUGGUUAUGUUUCAAAAAAUCUACUGCUGAAAUGUCAGUUUGAUACAAAAAUGAGCUUUGCCUACUUUCUUCACUUCUGCAAGCCUUAGCACAUAAUACAUAGCAGGUGCUCAAUAGUCUUUUUAAAAAAAUUCUAAGUGACUUGAAUCACCUCACAAAUAGACUGUUUUGCAAGAAAAAUGUUGAGAAACAACUAAAUAUGCAAUAUUUCCUUUUAAACACUGUUGAAAAUUUUGUAUCUUUAUCUAAGAUAUGAUUGUUUUAAAGAAAGACAUUACCCAGUUUAGACUAGAUUAUGUCUAUGUAGUUUGUACUUACAUUGCUUCAACUAUAACUGACAAGUACUUAAUGUUUGUUAAUUAAUAAAGGGAGAAAACUGCA